AUGGAGAAGAAGUUGAAAUCGGUGCAACUGAAAAGGCAUCAAGCGGUCGAAUUGGUGAAAAGUAUCGAACAGUUUACGAUCGGCUACAUCGAGGAAAAUGCCAGUGAAAUACCAGUGUGUUUGGAACAAUUAGAGAGGUAUUAUGAGGACUUCCUACAGGCAAAUGCAAAAGUGAAGGAACUCGAUGAGGAGGCCACAGAUGCGAGUGUAAGUGAGCGGUGUGAUAUGGAUACACGGUAUCGUCGCGUUAAGGGCUUUCUUCUACGAAAGCAACCACCUCCUACGGCCGCGCAAAAUAUGCCGAAUGAGUCGAUGCUAUUAGCGAGCUCGACACUCAAUAGUUCGGGACGAUCAGGUGCAGUGAAUUUGCGGCUUCCAAAAAUCGAAUUGCCUACGUUCGAUGGCGAUGCCACCAAGUGGUUAACGUUCCGUGACCGAUUUGUGGCGAUGAUCGACAGUGCCAGUGAGAUACCGAACAUAAUGAAGCUGCAAUAUCUGCUGUCCUCGUUGAAGGGCGAGGUUGGUUUGCUUUUCGAGCACACCACGUUGACAGCAGACAAUUACGAGGUGACGUGGGCUGCCUUGCUGAAGCGGUACGACAAUCCGCGUACGCUGAUCCGGGAGUACUAUCGGAAGAUUCAUCACCUGCCGGCAGUGAGCUGUGACAACGUGGACGAUUUGGCGCUGCUCGUCGAUGAAUUCACGCGGCAUGUGAACGGUCUGAAGAAGCUCGACGAACCGGUGGACACCUGGGACACGCCACUCGCCAACCUGCUUCUGAUGAAGCUGGAUUCGUCGACCAUUCUGGCAUGGGAGAACCACUCAGCGCAACAUAAAAAAGAUAAGUACAAGGAAUUAGUAGACUUUUUGCAAGAUCGUGUACGAAUAUUAAAAUCAUCGCGCGAGUUUUCCAAUAACGGUGACAGCAGUUUUAGAAUGGUGGCCGGCAACAGAAGGGUAUCCGACCAUAGGCCGAGAAUUGUGGGCAAUGCUGCAACUGCAAGGAGAGCUUCGCCGAUUGUUUCAGCUCAACAGUGUGUUUUGGGUUGUGCAGAGCUUCACAAUCUGCGCAAUUGUCCUGCAUUCUUGCGAAAGGACGUACAGCAACGCCGUGAAGUAGCCACCCGUGAGUGA